CAUCUUCCUUCCUUUUGAGUCUUUGAUAUUGCAACUCCAGUUUCAAUCACCAACCAAUUCUUCAACUGCUCGAAUUUUCUGCUGAAAAUUUUGGUCAUCCUCUCUUUGUGAUGGACAUUGCAAUUGCAAUUGGAGGUGCUCUUCUAGCACCUGCCUUUAAGUCUUUGUUUAAUAAGUUAGGCUCCCAGGAUUUGCUCAAUUACGCCCGUAAAAGACGUGUGCUGACUCAAAUCAACAAGUGGAAGGAGAUGUUGGAGAGAAUUGAUGGGGUUCUUGAGGAUGCAGAGGAGAAGCAGAUGGAGAGCAGGUCGGUGAAGAUGUGGGUAAGCGAUUUGAGGAAGCUGGCGUAUGAUUUGGAGGACAUUCUUGAUGAGUUUGAUUUUGAGGCUCGUCGAUCCAAGUUGAAAGCUAAACCUAUGACUGGUUCAAGUAGGGUACGAAAGCUCACCCCUAAUAUUCGUGCUGUUAAAUUCAAUAAAAAGUUGAUUUCCAAGAUAAAGGCAACUACUCCCCGAUUAGAAGAGAUCACCUCGCGAAGAAAUGAACUAGAUUUGAGUGAAAGGCCCGUUAAAUUGUGGGAAAGAAUUCCUGCGACGUGCUUGGUGAAUCACGCCGAGAUUUAUGGGAGGGAGAAAGAUAAGAAGGCGAUUCUUGAACUUUUGAAUUCUGAAUCAAGUGAUAGAAGGGUCGCUCUGAUUUCUAUAGUUGGAAUGGGAGGUAUCGGUAAGACAACUCUAACUUACAACGUGGUUAGACUUACAAAAACAGUUCUUCAGUCGGUUGGUGGAGAUCUUACUUCCAACGAUUUGAAUUCGCUUCAAUUAAACUUGAAGGCAAGGCUGUCAGAGAAGAAGUUUUUUAUGGUUCUAGAUGAUGUUUGGAACGAGAAUUAUGACCAUUGGAGAAACUUUCUUCUCCCCUUUGAGAAUGGGGCAAAAGAAAGUAGAAUUAUCGUCACAACUCGCAAUCUUGGCGUUUCACGGACGAUGGGUGCUAUUCAAAGUUAUACACUUAGAGUGUUGGAGAAUGAUGAUUGCCUGUCUGUGUUUGCCCAUCACGCUCUUGGAGUAACAAAUUUUGAGGAGCACUUAGAUCUAGAAGCAAUAGGUAAGAAGAUUGUGGAAAGGUGUCAAGGCUUACCUUUGGCAGCUAAAGCUAUUGGAGGUCUCUUACGAGGUCAAUCAACUCGCGAUGCAUGGGAACAAGUGCUAAACAGCCGCAUUUGGGAGGAGAAAAGCGACAUUCUUCCAGCAUUAAAGUUGAGCUAUCACCAUCUUCCAUCUCAUCUGAAACAAUGUUUUGCUUAUUGUGCAAUUUUUCCAAAAGGUUACGAAUUCGAUGAGGAUGAGUUGGUUCUCAGUGGAUGGCAGAGGGAUUUGUACAGGACGCACAAAAUGAAGGAAAUGAAAGGCUCGGGUCAUCGAUAUUUUCAGGAUUUAUUAUUGAGAUCUUUUUUUCAACAAUCUACUUACAAUGAAUCACGAUAUGUGAUGCAUGAUCUACUCAAUGAUCUAGCUAAAUCUGUAAGUGGAGAAAUAUGCCUUCAUUUGGAUGAUGAUGAGUUGAAGGGCAUAAAAUCACAUGCAAACGUUCGCCAUUCAGCAUUCACUUGUCAUCGCUAUGAAAGGUACCAAAGAUUUGAAGACUUUUAUGAGAUGAGUAAUCUGCGAACAUUCUUAGCAUUAUCCACUGAUCGAUGGCGAGGUAAUUUUUUAUCUAUUAGAGUGGUGCAUGACCUAGUGCCAAAACUGAAACGUUUAAGGGUGCUAUCACUAGCUCGAUACCAGUUUGAAGAGUUGCCAAGUUCAAUUGGCGCCUUAAAGCAUUUACGAUAUCUUGACUUGUCUUACAACACUGGGAUUAUAAGAUUUUCUACCAGAAAUGUUGGCAAGGAUUUGCAGAUGGCAAAUCUCGUUGAUUUAAAAGAAGAUGAGAAUCUUGGUGAUUUGGCCCUUGGUAUGGACCCGCAUCUGUGGAUUUUCGUGCAUUUUUGCAGCCAAUUGAUACACCUGUGGCGGGGUUCAACUAAUUUAGACAAACUUUCUAGCUUGAAAUCUUUACAGAUCGAAGGGUGUCAGAAGCUAGUGUCAUUGGUAGGAGGAGAAGAAGGGAAUUUGCCUUGCAAUCUUGAAAUUUUAGUGAUAAGGGAAUGCGAUGGAUUGGAGAUUCUGCCAAAUGGGUUGCAAACCCUCACAUCUCUUAGAGAGAUGAAUAUUCAACGGUGCCGAAACCUUGUGUCCUUCCCAUCUGCAGGUUUACCUUGUAGUCUUAAAAGUCUCAAAAUCGUAAAAUGUGAUUCUCUGGAGUCCUUGCCUAAGGGCAUUGUGCAUGAUAGUAACGCCAGGAAUGAGAUGUCUCAUCUUGAGGUUGUGGGUGUCAAUAGCUGUCCAUCUCUUACAUCGGUUCUAGUUGGUGAAUUUCCCUAUUCAAUUAAAAAAAUUGCAAUUUGCUUUUGGACGACACAGCUAUUGGAGUCGUUUCAUAAUAGGUUUUCGGAGUCGUUUCAUAAUAGGUUUUCGCAUCUCACCACAUUAAUAAUAUAUGGGUCUGAGUUGGAGUCUUUCCCAGAAAGUGGAUUGGCCAUCCCCAACCUUAGGGAUUUAAUCAUACGAAAAUGUGAAAAUUUGAGGUUGCUUCCCAAUCAAAUCCAAAAUCUCACAUCUCUUCUCAAGUUAGCGAUAACUAAUUGUGCAGGUUUGGUGUCCUUUUCGGAUGAGGGUUUACCCCCAAACCUUACUUAUUUAUUCAUAUGGAGUUGUGAGAAUUUGAGAUUUCUUCCCAAUCAAAUGCAAAAUCUUACAUCUCUUCAACGUUUACUAGUAAGUAACUGUGGAGGUCUGGUGUCCUUUCCAGAUGGCGGUUUGCCCCCAAAACUAGGUAGUCUUACAAUUUCGCGUUGCAAGAAGCUGAAACAGCCAAUGUCAGAGUGGAUACUCAAUAGACUCACCUCUCUCACAAUCAGAGGGCCAUGUCCAAGUACAGAUAUGGAUUCCUUCCCAGAGGAGAAGGGCCUACUGCUUCCCUCUUCCCUAACCUCUCUUAAGAUCGAAGAUUUUAAAAAUCUGAAAUCAAUAUCCAGGGGCAUUCACCAUCUCACCUCUCUUGAUACAUUAGUAAUUCGAAAGUGCCCUAAACUCCAGUCCUUUCCCAAGGAAGGCCUUCCGAGCACGCUUGAAAGGUUGGCAAUCUUCGAGUGCCCCCUCCUGGAAAGACGAUGCAGAAAAGAGAAAGGAGACUAUUGGCGCUUUAUUGCCAAUAUCCCCUACCAUAAAAUAAAAUGAGGUCUGCAAAAGCCGGGACUGCUUAGGCCAGGAUCGAGAUUGUCAUAAUCGUCUCAAAUCCAAUCCCUGCUGAUAAGCAUAAAACUUUGAUGGAUUAUUUUCGAUGUUUUUGGUUUCUACAAUCUACAACUGUAAUUUUAUAAAGACUGCUAUUAGUUAAGCUUGCAAAGUUUGGUGAGAUACUCCAAAUUUUCUAUUGAUGUUUUAUUUUCAGAUGUUAUUCAGCCAGGUAUUUUCACUUGGCAUUUCUAAUCCUAGGAGGGGUGUAUGGGGGAGGCCUGUUGGUCGGGUUUAGAUGGAUUAGUUAUGUUAAGUUUUUCUGGAUGAUGGCUUUAAUAAUAAAAUUUAAUUUUCAAAAAAAAAAAAAAAAAAAAA